AUGCUGCUCCGAUCCGGGCGGCGCAUCGCGGCCCAAGAAGAAGCCGGCCGGCCGACCGUGCCGAGAAGAAGAAGAAGAAAGAAGGCAAGGUCGGAUCUUCUCGCCGCCUUUCCGGAAGAGAUCCAGCAGGAGAUCCUGGCCCGCCUCCCGCCCAAGUCCCUGCUCCGCUGCCGAGCCGUCUGCCGCUCGUGGCGCCGCCUCGCGUCCGACCCCGCGUUCCUGCUCCACCACCACCGCCACCAGCCAAGGCUCCAACUGAUAAGCACCUGCCGAACCGCCGGUGCCAACGAUGGGUACGUCCGCCGCCUCGAAGCCUUCCACCUCCGGGCCGCCGAGGCCCGGCGGCCAGUCUUCGGCUUCCCUAACCACUUCGCCUCCCGCUACUCCCGCUUUCCCGUCACCGCCUCCUGCGACGGCCUGCUUGUCGUCGGCCGCUACUCCAUCUGCAACCCGGCCACGCGACAGUGGGGGUCCCUGAGCACCAACCCCAAGCUCCACAUCGAGCGCAUCGUCGGCCUCUUCCGGCACCAACCUUCGGGGGAGUACCGCGUGCUGUACUGGACACACUCAAGCAUGCCUUAUGCCUUGCCGAUCCUCCCCACGGAAGUGCCCUGUCCUAAUGAGUACCGCGUCCUAACCGUGGGAACCAGCGAGUCGAGGCUCGUCGACUGUCCGUUAGCGCAGAUGAUCGGCGAGUUGGGACCAAUCAUCUGCGGCGCGCCGGUCCUUCUCAACGGAACCCUGCAUGUGCACUGGACGAUGCGGUCGACUGUCCGCUACCACAAGAUACUGGUGUUUGACACGGUGGCGGAGACGUUCCGGCACAUGGUCCCGCCAUCCGUGAACCCCCGCCAUGCUAUGCACUUGCUUGACAUGUGCGGCAGGCUUGCCGUGGCCACCAGCAAGGACCGCGUGACCGGGAUGAGCAUAUUUAUCUUGCAGGACGAGCAGAAAGAUGUCUGGGCGUUCCACUACCGGAUCAAAAUGCCGGUCAUGGAUAUCAGGCGUUUCCAGGAGCAAGGUAAUUUGUGGGCAGAGGUUGUCUCCGACGAGGGAGACGUGCUUGUUUGCUGCUAUGGCUAUCUGUUGCACUGUGACAAAAAUGGCAAGUUGGUAGCUAGCUUCAACUAUGAUGAUGACCUGCCCGUGGUUCUACCUCAUAGGCUCAAAGAGAGUCUUAUCCAGCAUACCUUUUUCAACAAGACGGAGAGCUGAUUCCUAUCGAUUCUUCAUUUUGCGCCAUGUUAAAUGAGAGGACUGGUAGAGAACUUCAGAUGUUGCCCAUGUUUUGGACUAUGCUGCUAUAGUGGGGAGCUUGAUUUGUAUGUUGUUGACCCGUUACAUAUAUCAACUUCUGUGUGAUGAUUCUGCUAUGCUCUUCAGUCUUCACUUGUCGUCUUUGCCAACUUCUGCUACUAGUUCAUGAACGGUGGCAUAGUGUAUGUGUUGACCAAAUGGUUCUCAUAGAAUUUGAACUGCAGUGAAAAGUCAAAAUGCUCUUAAGGAUGUUGCGGAUUUGUUUAAAAUUGGGAUGCAGGGAGUACUUGAUCUCAACCACUGACCACAACUACCUCCUCGUUUAUGCAAACAGAGCAGCCACCUCAAAUGUUACAGGACAGGAAACAGUGGUUGUUUGUUCUCUUUUUGUGCAUGUCCUUUGGGCUUCUUGUUAAGUCAUACAACAGCACAUCAGUUCUCCGUCUUCUGAAAAAACGUAUGCUGGAUAAGACUCUACUGCAACCACCCCAAAUUUAGCGAAUAUAUUGCAAGUUAAGUGUUGUCUCUUUUAUUUACUGUUAUUUCUCGAAGAUUUUGCAUAGCAAACUG